AUGAGCUCCCCAGUGCAAAUCCCACAAGAUAUCCCCCGAAUCACUCAAGCAACCUCCCCUACCUUCGAUAUCGUUCGUUGUUCCCGUUGCCAGCAGUCUCUCAGCCUCAGUCAAUCUGGCUCCGGUGCUGUGCAGUUCGGUAUGAACUCCUAUUAUUGCAACCGCUGUGCAUCCAAGGUCGGCUUUGGGGGAUGA